GGCUCCUCCUCACACGCUCCAGGCGGAGGGAAGGAGGGGUAAAAGAAGGAGGAGGCGAGCGGGCGGCCGCCGCAGCUGCAGACCCGGGGCCAGAGGAGGAGGCGGAGCGGGAGCCGCCGCAUACACCCCGGCCGCCGCCGCCCGCCGCCGCCGCCGCCGGGUUGCUGCGAGUCCUCUCCGGGCUUGAGGGCACGCGGGGCGCCCCGGCCAUGUCCCGCAGCGGCAGCUGAGCCGGCCGCGGGCCCCCCUCCCUCCCCGCCGCCGCAGCCGCCGCGCCCCCGGGCUGCCUGCGGCCAGAGUGCCCGGCGCCUUCCGCGCGCCCCAGACCGCAAGUGCGAGCAGCGGCGGCCGCCGAGGCGCGGGUGGUGCAGGCGGCGGCGGCGGGAGCGCGGGGACGGAGGAGGCGGAGAAGAUGGACCCGGCGCCCUCGCUGGGCUGCAGCCUCAAGGAUGUGAAGUGGAGCUCGGUGGCCGUUCCGCUGGACCUGCUGGUCAGCACUUACCGACUGCCCCAGAUCGCGCGGCUGGACAGCGGAGAAUGCAUAGAAGGGCUGCGGGAAAAUGACUACCUUCUGAUUCAUUCGUGCCGUCAGUGGACCACCAUCACUGCCCAUAGCUUGGAGGAGGGGCACUAUGUCAUUGGGCCAAAGAUAGAGAUUCCGGUACAUUAUGCAGGGCAAUUCAAGCUGCUGGAACAAGACCGAGAUAUAAAGGAGCCAGUGCAAUAUUUCAACAGUGUGGAGGAGGUGGCUAAAGCAUUUCCUGAACGCGUGUACGUCAUGGAGGAAAUAACAUUCAACGUGAAGGUUGCUUCAGGUGAAUGCAAUGAAGACACCGAAGUUUACAACAUCACCCUUUGUACAGGGGAUGAACUCACUCUAAUGGGCCAGGCAGAAAUCCUUUAUGCAAAGACUUUCAAGGAGAAGUCACGACUCAACACCAUCUUCAAAAAGAUUGGGAAGCUCAAUUCCAUCAGCAAGCUGGGAAAAGGCAAAAUGCCGUGCCUCAUUUGCAUGAAUCACCGGACCAACGAAAGCAUCAGCCUCCCAUUCCAGUGCAAGGGCAGGUUCAGCACCCGAAGCCCCCUGGAACUUCAGAUGCAGGAGGGCGAGCACACCAUCCGCAACAUCGUGGAGAAAACCAGACUUCCUGUGAACGUGACCGUGCCCAGCCCUCCACCGAGGAACCCGUACGACCUCCACUUCAUCCGUGAGGGGCACCGCUACAAGUUCGUGAACAUCCAGACCAAGACAGUGGUGGUUUGCUGUGUGCUGCGGAACAACAAGAUCCUCCCCAUGCACUUCCCUUUGCACUUGACUGUCCCCAAGUUUAGCCUCCCAGAACACCUGGUGAAGGGGGAAGUAUGGCCUGAAACCCUGGUCCAUCACUGGCUGGGUAUCUGCCAAGAACAGUUUGACAUCGAUGAGUAUUCACGGGCGGUCCGCGAUGUGAAGACCGACUGGAACGAGGACUGUAAGAGCCCCAAGAAGGGCCGGUGCACUGGCCACAACCAUGUGCCCAAUUCCCUUAGCUACGCUCGCGAUGAGCUCACCCAGUCCUUCCACCGGCUCUCAGUCUGUGUGUAUGGCAACAAUCUCCAUGGCAACAGUGAGGUGAACCUCCACGGCUGCAGGGACCUCGGGGGAGAGUGGGCCCCCUUUCCUCAUGACAUCCUGCCCUAUCAGGACUCGGGCGAUAGUGGGAGCGACUACCUUUUCCCAGAAGCUAGUGACGAAUCAGUGGGCAUCACAGGGAAGUCAGAACUUCCUUACGAAGAGCUGUGGCUGGAAGAAGGCAAGCCCAGCCAUCAGCCUCUCACUCGCUCCCUGAGUGAGAAGAGCAGAUGUGAUCAGUUUCGAGGUUCUGUCCGGUCCAAAUGUGCACCUUCUCCUCUUCCUGUCCCCGGAACUCUGGGAGCAGCAAUGAAGUCUUCAGAGAUUGCCCUACCUCCACCUCCAGUGCCUCCCAAAUCUGAAGCCGUCAGGGAAGAAUGCCGGCUCCUGAACGCCCCGCCUGUCCCGCCCCGCAGCGCAAAGCCUCAGUCCACCAGCCCCUCGGUCCCUCCUCGCACAGCCAAGCCGGCGCGGCAGCAGACUCGUUCUCCCAGCCCCACCUUGUCCUACUAUUCUUCAGGGCUGCACGACAUCAGCGUUACUAAAAGUGACACGAGUCCUCCUGAAAGCGCUCCCGUUUCCUGCUACCCGUGUACCCGAGUGAAAGCAGAUUCCAUGGACCCCAAGUCCCCGUUCGGCAGUCCCACUGCUGAAGCUCUGUCCUCCAGGCUCUCGUGGCCUAAUCAUUAUUCGGGAGCGUCAGAGACCCAGACCAGGAGCGACUUCCUGCUGGAUCCGAGCAGGAGUUACAGUUACCCCCGACAGAAGACGCCGGGCACGCCCAAGAGAAACUGCCCGGCAGCCUUCGACCUCGACGGCCACGAGCUGGCGGCCAGCCCACCCGGGCCCAGGCCCACGGAGCCCGGCGGUAGUGCCCCGGGGUGUCCCAAGUCGGCCAGCUACUCUCUGGAGAGCACGGGCGGGAAGACCCUGACUGCCGGCCCCGCCAAGCAGAGCAUCUCGUGCCCGGCCUUGCCUCCCAGGGCCCCGAGGCCAGUGGAAGAGAAAGCCGCCCUCGACACCCUACCUUUGCCUCUGCAAAUUGAUGGUGCUGAGGAAGACCCCAAGCCUGGGUCGCCGGACCUCUCCGAGGACCCGUACUUUGUUCAGAAGGGCACACAGGACAUCUUCUCCGUGUCUUACCCCUUCUCAUCACCCCUCCACCUCCAGCUGGCCCCCCGCUCCUGUGGUGACGGGUCCCCGUGGCAGCCACCUGCCGACCUGUCGGGACUCUCCAUAGAGGAAGUGUCCAAGUCCUUGCGGUUCAUAGGGUUGUCCGAAGACGUCAUAGCAUUCUUUGUGACCGAAAAGAUUGACGGAAACUUGCUUGUUCAGCUCACAGAAGAAAUCCUCUCCGAGGAUUUCAAACUGAGCAAACUGCAGGUGAAGAAAAUCCUGCAGUUCAUUAACGGCUGGAGGCCCAAAAUAUAGCCAAAUAACCCCGGGUAGCAUUGAACAAAACAGAUAAAUGUGUGUUCUAGAAGGGGAGGGCUGGGACACAGUUUCACAUUUUUUUGCACUAAAAACUUUCUCUGUAAAUAGGGAUAAGAGAAAACUCUUACUAUGCAGAUUAUGAUUUUGAAUGGUGAACAGGCUAUUUUGUACAUCAAUAAAAAUGCUGUACAGAACACUUAGAGGUGUGCCUUGUACAUCACUCAACACUCAACAGCUGCUAAAAGACAAAAGGCAUGUUCAGAGAAAUAAUUGUUACCCAAGUAGGUUUAUGCGAGAAGUUGUGAUAUUUAUUUACAAAAUAGCCAAAGCUGAAAGACAGAAGAAUCUUUAAAAAAAAAAAAAACAAAAAAAAACUUUUGAACAAUUCCCUCCUUUGGGAGAAUCAACUUUAGACAAUUUAUUCUGUGCUCUGUUGUUCGGAUUGCUCAAUGCUAAUUGUUUUACUCUUGUGCCUGAAAAUGUUAGUGAUAUGAAAUGACACUGCAGUGUUAUGUGCUUGGUGGGGAUCUUUUUAUCAAAAGGCAUUUUACAAAAGUCAUGUGCUAGUAGAGAGGAUCUAUGAUGUCCUUAGAAAUAAUAAAUCAUGACCACAAUAAUUUAUCUGUAACUGCUGCUAAUUUUACUGAGCAGAGAUAAAAAAGACCAGAAUAUAUACGUAUAUGUAUAUUUACACAAUACAAAUGUAUGUUUUCAACAUCAGUAUGAGUCUGAUCUUUUAGAUAAUAAUCUGUUCACUUUCAAAUAUCCAUUGAAGUUUGGGGCCGUUAAUUAAGUCGCCUCUCUUAGGAAAUGGGACAGAAUGAUUCCAAAGAUUCUCAGAACCCUGUCCCUCGAAGCUGAGUCUUAUCAGGCUGCAUCACAGAAAACUUGGAACAAAUCAGUAGAGAGUCUGUAUUGAAGAAUUAAGUUUGAUUUUAAACCUAUUACAGGCUGGGUUUUACAUAGAAUACUCCCGUGCUGAUCAGUGUCUGGGGAAAUGACCAUUUCUGUCGAGUGAUCAUUCUUCUCGGGUUUGAGGGUCUUAUUCUCCUGGUAUGUGGUGAUGAAGGGUCUGGAGAGCAUUUCUCAGAGCGUGUCAGGUGUUCUCAACAUGCUUUGUGCUUUAGGAGAGCUCAGCAAUCAGACAUACCAUCCUCUGCUUUGAUAUGUGCUACAUCUGUUGCAUCAUUUUUUAAAGUAUCAGUAAGAGUACUUGUUUAGUUCAGAAAUCUCUUCUUUCCUCUCUUCCAAAGAAAAUACAUGAUUACCAUACUUUCAUUCCAACAAUCCCAGGACCCAGUCUGACAGUUUUUGCCAAACGUGAAUAAAUACUCCAAAAUAUAAUGGCAUCCACAUAAUUCUUGACUUUUUGAAGGAAUAUAAAUCUUAGAAAAGUUUUUGUUCUCCGAGCAGCAUAUCGUCCCUAGCCCUGUCUCCCCCAGAGUGUCCCCACAUUCUAGAUGGACAGACAGCCACCCAGGUGUCAGUGUGACUUGCAGGAUUGGCUUGUAUGUUAUUAUCCUCUCUUCUUGCUCAUCAGGAUAAAUACACAAAUGGAAAGACAAGACCCACCAGUCUAGUUUUGCAGACCUGUUCAAUAUAUGGCUUCAUUUCUUGGCAUUCAAGAUAUUUUUAAUCCAUCUCAUUGUUUUAGAAUUGGGGUGAAUUGAUACCUUUUCUCAUUUUCCAUCUUAAAUCUCUUGUUUUUAAAAAAAAAAUCAUUUUUCCCCCCAACAUGUCUCCCAAAAUGCAAAUACUCUAGGUUAAAAGUGCCCCAUAAAAGAGUACCCUGUAGAAUCUAUCAAACUGUAGCACCUCUUCAAAAGUAACUGACAAGUUUAUAUAGAAGCUUCUAGUACUGCACUCAGAUGACAUGCAGCCCCUCCAUGACUUUCAUGUUGAGAAAGCAUCCUUCUGUGUGACGGGCAACUCCCUAGGUAAAGUUAACCUCUCAGAACUUUCCUUUAAAAUAAAAACAGAAAGAAUGAUGUUGAAAAGUUGCAAGUUUUCUCUGGCAAAACCUUGCUGAAUCCGUUCGUGAAUCCUUAGCACCUGGACGCUGUUCUCAAUUCAAGAGGGAGGAAUGAGUGGGUUUGAGUUUACUAUGACAGUUGCCGCACAUAAACAACUGGUUCCUUUUAUCUAUUUUUUCUUUUUGUUUGUUUUUUUUCUUUUGCAAAACCUCGACACAAAGUCCUUUUUGUUUUUUGUCUUGGCAUAUGUACGUUGAGUUUAUAUCGACGGCAACAUAGAGACUCCUUGAGGGCAGGGAGUAUGGCCUUUCAUUGACAUAUUCAAAAUUCCCCACAUGCAGAACCUUUUCUAACCAACCAGGUCAAGACUGAGGACAUCUUCUGGCAGGUUCCCUGCAAUCUGUGCACUGACCCCUGUGCUUGGGGGAGAGUGUCCAAACGGGACUCUUUCUUGGAUUCCUUAAAUGCAUGGCCAAAACCAUCGUGACCCCCUUAAGAAAUUCAACAAUAAACCAAACCAAGCAGCUAAAAUGUAAAAUGUGGACCUGAUUCCUGUUGGGACGGAGCACUCAAACACAGAUCAAUUCCUUCUCAGAAUCUCGUAAACACCUGCACGUUCUCUCUCUUUUAAGUUGAGCCGCUCAACUUUAUGAACUGUGAAAUUUACAUUUAGACCCUUUCAACCCACAUAGACCAUUCACAUUUAUGGAGUUGCAGCUAGCUGCCCAUUCGACUAAAUUGCAGUGUUUAUUCUUGUUUCACAUAGAAAUAAAACAAUCUUAGGGGGAAACAUUAUGACUGUCCAUUCCAACUGUUUUCAGACGUGGGUAAAUACCCUCUGCCGACAUUCCAGAACCACCUUACACAUCGUGCACACAACUCCUCGAGAAGUUCAGGGGGCAGGUGUGGAUGAAUAGAGGGCUCUUCAUUUUCCAAACACACUGUAUCACAAGUCACUACUCAUCAUGCCUAAAGAGUAUGAGGUUAACAUUUUGAAUAACAAACUGAAAAAAACCCACAGUUCUCCAAAGACCACUGUGAACUGUUCAAAGAAAAUUUCAACUUCAGUCCACCAGAAAAGUGAAAUCUGCUGUUGGACACACAAGACUUUCAGAAACUAUGACCAUUAAUCCCAAUUCCCACUAUUUUUCUAGGAAUACAAUGGCACCAGGCUGCUAGGGCAAGAAAAGUCAGAUGCCCAGAGUGCAAAUGAUGGAAAGUAGGAUUUUUAUACUGUGGGACUGUAAUUCUUAUGACCACUUCUUGUCCAAUCACAUCGUUUAGUCUUCAGAACUUGGUGUUUUAAAAUUUGUCUCAGUGUGAAAGCUAGAAACAAAGGGUAAACGUGAUUUCUGUUAAAAGUAUAUACAAGUAUCUUCUGUAAUUUUGCUGCUCUGUCUAAUUUUUAGGCUAUGAGUUUUGUAAUGAGCUUAUCAGAUGAUGAAUUUCCUUUGUUUACAAUCUCAUGUAGUAGGGCUCAGAUUAUCAUUUCUUAGCUAUAAACCUCUUCUCCCAUUUUCAUAUUAAGCUCCAUUUAAAAUAUUGCUUAAGCUAAGCCUAAAAGUUGAAUUCAAUUAGUCAAAAAUUUGGGAGUUUUCCUUGACUUAAAUGAAAAUGGUAUAUUCUUUUCGAAGACUUUUGUAACCAUCUUUACAGUUUCUUUGCUUGGAAAACUGGGGUUGUUAACUACCAGUUAACAGUUGCAUUAUUUCCAGAGCAUUGUCUAUGGGCCCAAUGUGUACCUCAAGAUAAACAUGGUAUGUUUUUGUCUAAAAAAAUUCGUUGUUGAUUUAAAUGGUUCGGAAAUGUCUAUAAAUAAAGAAAUUUUAAAAGUU